CGAUGAUGGACUCCAGCGCGGGGGAAUAUGGCAUGGCUCGUCUUCUUGGAUUGUUUUGGGUUUUUUUUCUCAUGAUGGGGCUGUGGAGAUUCAGCGAUGCUUGCCCAGCAUCCUGCACUUGCAGCAUCUCAAGGAUUGUUUGUAUUGAUUCUGCACCGGGGAUCGAGGAUUUCCCUGUCCUCGCGUUAGAAGACAUGGAAAACAUCACCGAGAUAUACAUUAUGAAUCAAAACAGACUGUUUGACAUCACUGACAACAGUCUGAGGCACUACAUCAACCUCAGAAACCUAACAGUGAUGAAGACGAGAUUGACGUCUAUAUCAUCAGAUGCAUUUUUCAACAAUACGAGACUCCAAUAUGUAAAUCUCAGAGACAAUAACCUAUCGACGCUGUCAUGGAGAACAUUUCAGAACUUUAACGCAACGUUCCCGCUCCUGCUGUCCGGUAACCCUCUGGACUGUGUUUGUGAGAACUUGUGGAUCAAACUGAGGCUCCUCGAAGAAGCCGACAGUCCGGAGCUGACGUGCAUAGACGAGAGAGGAGCGCCACAGUACUUUGCCACACUCACCCCAACAGACUGUGUGAUUCCCACAGUAGAGGUCACCCCGAGCACCGUGACGGAGAUGCAGGGGAGUGAUGUCAAAGCAGUGUGCAGCGCCUCAGGCUCCCCUCCUCCUGAGAUCCUGUGGAACCUCGAUUGGCUCUCUACCCACCACGAGAUUGAUCCUUCGGAUACGGAGAGCAGCAUCACCCUGUCAGACCUGUCUCCUGAUGAUAAUGGCAAGGUGAUCAUAUGCAGCGCUGAGAACAUUGUCGGUCAGACCGAGGCCACCCUUGAGCUCAAUAUUCUCUUUGCCCCCACCAUCCAGCAGCUGCUGGAGCCCGUGCAGGACCACCACUGGUGCAUCCCCUUCAGCAUGACGGGGAACCCCAAGCCCGAGCUGCAGUGGUACCACGGGGACGUGGCUCUCCUGGAGCAGGACUUCAUCCGCACCAUGAUCCACGAGUCCAUCCUGAGCGUGUACCACGGCUGCCUGCAGUUGGUCAACCCCACGCACAUCCACAACGGCGUGUACAGGCUGGUGGCGAAGAACAAGUACGGCUGGGACGAGAAGACAGUCUCCGCCCAGUUCAUGGAUUUCAACCAAACAGAAGAUCCCACCUACGACUACACCACUGACCCUCCACUCCCUCCGCUGGACGACAGUGUUGCAGUGUAUGUAGUUGUGGGAAUCGCGGGAGUUGCCUUGACUGGCUGCGUUCUGAUGGUGAUCAUUUUGAAAUAUGGAAGAAACUCCAAGUUUGGCAUUAAAGGCUCCUCCUCAGUAAUCAGUAAUGACGAUGACUCUGCCAGCCCUCUUCAUCACGUCUCCAAUGGCAACAACACCCCGUCGUCCUCGGAGAUGGGUCCAGACGCAGUGAUCAUUGGGAUGACAAAGAUUCCUGUCAUUGAGAACCCACAGUACUUCCGCAACUCCGGCAGCAUGCUGAAAUCUGACACGUUUGUCCAGCACAUCAAGAGACACAACAUUGUACUGAAGCGGGAGCUGGGAGAGGGAGCCUUUGGGAAGGUGUUUCUCGCCGAGUGCUACAACCUGACACCAGACCAGGAGAAGCUCCAUGUGGCAGUCAAGACGCUGAAAGAGGCCAACGAGAGCGGCCGAGCAGAUUUCUACAGAGAGGCCGAGCUCCUCACCAACCUGCAACAUGAACACAUUGUCACUUUCUACGGCGUGUGUGUAGAGAGCGACCCGCUCAUCAUGGUGUUUGAAUACAUGAAACAUGGUGACCUAAACAAGUUCUUAAGGUCCCACGGUCCUGAUGCAGUGCUAAUGGCAGACGGUCAACACAGUAUCCUGGUGGAACUCACCCAGUCCCAGAUGCUGCACAUUGCCCAACAGAUUGCUGCUGGCAUGGUCUACCUGGCCUCCCAGCACUUUGUCCACAGAGACUUGGCAACCAGGAACUGCCUGGUAGGAGAAAACCUGCUGGUCAAGAUAGGAGACUUUGGCAUGUCCAGAGACGUUUACAGCACAGACUACUACAGAGUGGGCGGUCAUACGAUGCUGCCGAUCCGCUGGAUGCCCCCAGAGAGCAUCAUGUACCGGCGGUUCACCACAGAGAGUGAUGUGUGGAGCCUCGGCGUGGUGCUGUGGGAGAUCUUCACCUACGGCAAGCAGCCCUGGUACCAGCUCUCCAACAAUGAGGUGAUCGAGUGCAUCACGCAGGGCCGCGUGCUGCAGCGGCCCCGUACCUGUCCUAAAGAGGUGUACGACCUGAUGCUGGGCUGCUGGCAGAGGGAGCCCUACAUGAGGCUCAACAUCAAGGAGAUCCACAGCAUGCUCCAGAGCCUCGCCAAGGCCUCGCCUGUGUACCUGGACAUACUGGGCUGAUGCACCCGUCUUCUUGUAUGUACUUUUGCGUGCAUGUGUGUGAGCUGGGGCUUGGGAUGAGUGCUUGUGGAUACAUGAGGAGACGGAGAGGAAAGGAAGAAGUGAAGGUUGUACGUGCGACUGUGUGAGUGUGUGUGUGUGUGUGUGUACAGUACCUGGCUGUAAAUGUUCCUGUAAAUGCUAUCGUCCGUGUCCUCAUUACAUUGAGAAAAAGCCUUAAAUUUUGAGUGAUUUUUGUUUUUUGCUUUUCUUUUCUUUACUCAUUUGCGGACGUUACUGAGGCAUGUUUCACAAAUGGAAACCAAAAUGCAUACAGGAUUAUGUAACUUUAUCCAAAAACCAUCAACACUCCUCCUAUAUGUGAAAGGCAUAAAAAUAAAUGAAACCCGAUAGUCAGAA